GAGCCAUGGAAGUGUUGUGUCAUGGCCGUCGUUUCAUCAUUUCUUAUGAUUUGUUCUGUUAUCUGGAUACCAGUCUAUGAGACAUGAGUCGAGAGAACAAAAAGCUAAUCCUGUGGAUGGCUGAAUGAACUUUUGAAGAUACAAGACUAUGAGUCAUCAUGCUUUGUAAAUGCUGAUAAUAGAGAUUCACCUGAUAACAACAGAUUUUUUGGAAGAACACAAAACAGCAAGAUGCCAACAUUGUUGGGUUGGGGCUCGGUGGAGUAUGGACAGCUUGGUGUCGGUGGCAUUGAAGAGAAUGCCAUCUUUGUUCCUGAAGUAUCAGCAAACUUACAGAAUGAAGUGUGGCAGGCUGUGUCCUGUGGAUAUCGCCAUACAAUCUUCGUUGCCAAAAAUGGUGAGAUCUACAGCUGUGGGAACAACGUGCAUGGACAAUUGGGACAAACACUCAGUGAAAAGAAACCUGAAAGGGUGUCAUUUCCUACAUCCAAGUCCAUGUCGGUGACACAGCUCUGCUCUGGUGCUUCACACAACUUGGCUGUCACAGCAGAUGGUGAGCUGUAUUGCUGGGGUUCCAAUGAAUACGGACAGCUAGGCUUAGGAAAUCCAAAACAGAUCUUCUCACAACCGGUUCCAAGACUUCUCGAGUUUCCAGAUCGAAUAAAAGUAAUCCAAGUUGCCUGUGGUGACAGUCAUUCCAUGGCUUUGACUGAUGUUGGAGGAAUUUUGGUUUGGGGUCAUAAUAAAUUCAACCAGCUUGGACUAGGUUCACGAGAUAAUUUCAACCACAAGCCAGAAAUUCUUUGUUCCCUACAUGGAUUACCUAUUCGACAGAUUGCCUGUGGUGGCAACCACAGUUUUGCCUUGACUCAGUCUGGGGCUGUAUUUGGCUGGGGGAGGAACUUUUUUGGACAGUUAGGAGUUGGCCACGACAGAGAAUGUCAACAUCCAGUGCUGUGUCGAAGUCUCAGGUCUCAAAAAGUGAAGCACAUAGCUUGUGGUGAGAAUCAUACUGCUGUAUUGACAAAGGAUGGCGGUGUGUUCACAUUUGGUGCUGGCAUGUAUGGACAAUUAGGUCAUAGUUCAAAGAAUAAUGAGACAUUACCCAGGAAAGUGUUUGAGUUGAUGGGAAAUAAAGUCACUCAGAUUAGCUGUGGAAGGUGUCACACCCUAGCAUUAGUGGGCACUAGUGGUCGGCUUUUCUCAUUCGGUACUGGCAGCUCAGGUCAGUUAGGCACUGGUAAAGACAGUACUAAUGGUACAAGCCCAGUAUCGGUGCGUGGUGAUUGGGUACCUUACAACGAACACCCCCCAAUGGAGGUCUCCAAGUCCAGCAACUUAACAGAGUCAAGCUAUGUGAUAAACAAAAUCUUUACUGGUGGAAAUCAUUGUUUUAUUAUUGCGUCCCGACCAGAAGAAAGAAUAGAACCAACUGAUUUCCGUGAGAUUAUCCCAAAACAACAGGUUCUGACUAUAUCCAGGGAACUGGUCCAGCAAGUCUCUAAGCUAAACUCGACUGAUCCACCUUCUGAACCAUUCCUCGCCCUGAUUGAGAAGGUCUUCUCCAGUCCAGCCUGUCUCAAUGCUUCAUUCCUUCUCGGUGAUGACCAGCACUAUAACUGCAGUAGUCGACAAUCGGGGGUUGACAUAGAGGCUGCUCUUCAAACUUUCUCUAGUAUAUCUCUUGCUGGCAAUGCUGUUCUUAAUCAAAGGAUUUAUGCAUGUCUCGAAAGGCUCCUCCAGCAGUUGAAGUCCUCCCCGCCAGAUGUGGAAGCCCUCCGUCUCUACUUGACCAUCCCCCAAUGUCGGUUAUUUGAUAACCCAAUCAACAAUAAUAGCCUGGUGGUGAGGUUUGGCGAAGCUGUUCUCCGUCUAGCAGGAAAUGCCGGAAAAGUAAUUGACAGUUGGUGGUCCAAACUUGAGGAACAGCAUUUCAGAAGACUUGUUGAUAUCCAUAAGAAACUUGUCAAUUAUUUUCUAGAUCCCCAACGUGUGUUUUCAGAGAAUGUCCGACCUCUCUAUUCCACUAUGGAGAUGUUGAAGAAACUCAAUGAGGUGAAUGUUCGAAAGUGCCAGAUUGUUCCAUAUGAUCACUUCUACAUCCCAGAGGUGAAGGACCGGAUCAAUAUUCAAAAUGAUUAUAUCCAUUGGAUACGGAGUCAGCAUAAUAUAGACCAUAAUCAAAAUGUCCUGAUAUUUUGUAACUACCCAUUCGCACUCGAUGCUCAAGCCAAGACGAUACUGCUGCAGACUGAUGCUCACAUCCAGAUGAGGACUGCUGUCGAAGAAGUCGCACAAAGAAAUCUUGCCACUCUGACAUUUGCUGGGUUUCUUCCGAUGGUUGAUGUGAUCAACCCUUGCCUUGUCCUCCACAUACAACGGAACAACUUGCUCAAUGAUACGAUCACACAGUUGACGAAAUAUGGUAACGCCGACCUCAAAAAGCCCUUAAAGGUGACAUUUGCUGAUGAGGAGGCUCUUGAUGCUGGUGGUGUCAGGAAGGAGUUCUUCAUGUUGCUAAUGCGGGAAAUUCUCGAUCCUCAGUACGGCAUGUUCAAAUAUUAUGAGGAGUCAAGACUCAUUUGGUUCAGGCAGCAGCUGGCAGAUGAUGAUCGUUACAUGUUCAUGUUGGUGGGUCAGGUGUGUGGUUUAGCCAUCUACAACUCGACCAUCAUAGAUCUUAGCUUUCCCCUUGCCCUCUACAAGAAGUUACUCCAGAAACCAGUCACUCUGGAGGACAUGAAGGAGCUUGAACCCCAGCUUGGUAGGGGUCUGGAAGAGAUGAUGGAGUAUGAUGAUGAGGACUUUGAGGAUAUAUUUCCUAUCACAUUUGAAAUUGACUGUGAUAUUUAUGGCCAUCUUGAGAAAACGCCUUUAGUGGACAAUGGUGCCAACAUAAAGGUGACCAACGAUAACAAACAAGAGUUUGUAGAUGCCUACGUAAAUUAUGUAUUUAACAAGUCUGUCAAAACUCAGUUUGAGAACUUCAAUGCAGGAUUCCAGAAGGUCAUUGGGAGUAGAGUGUUGGAAUUCUUCCAUCCGAAGGAGCUACAGGCCAUGGUAGUUGGAAACGAGAACUAUGACUUCGGUGAACUAGAAAGGAACUGUCAAUACAAGGGAGCCUACUACGCGUCCCACCAUACAGUAAAGUUUUUCUGGGAGGUCUUCCAUUCUAUGUCACUAGAAGACAAAAAGAAAUUCCUCUUGUUCCUGACUGGCAGUGACAGAAUUCCAAUCCUCGGCAUGAAAGCACUGUCGAUGAUAAUCCAACCCACACUAGGAGGCGAGACGUACCUCCCAGUCGCUCACACCUGUUUCAACCUGCUCGACUUGCCAAUCUACAACUCCAAAGUAGUCCUUCAGGAGAAACUCUUGAAGGCGAUUCAGCAGACAGAGGGAUUCGGCAUCGUCUGAUAUCCCUCCUUGGCCUCGUUUGUUAUUUAUUGGUGCUUGUUUGGGAUCUUUAUGCAAAACGUUGUAAAACUCUUGGCCUCGCGGAUUGGGUCAAGUGUUGUCAGGUUGAUGUUGGAGUUUUUGACAAGUUGUCUCUUGUUGAACUGAACCCGCAGCUACUGGUCAUUCUUGGUUCUUUGAUUGGAAAUUUUGAAUGACACCACUGCAGUUCUUUUAUGGUGGAUUGUUUCUCCAGAACAUUCUGGAAAACUUUAAACAUUUGAGAAAUUUAGACAUGAAGUUGUUAUGUGCAAAGUUUUGUUUAUUCUAUAUAGAGCACCUGUGUUGUAUAUUGCAAUCAUGCCAAAUUCGUCCAUAUUUUGUUGUUUUAAUGUAGUGAGGUGCUCUAUUGAUGUAAUUGAUUUUUCAUGCAGUAAAACUUGCACCCCAUUCAUUGUUUAUUUAAAGUGUCUGUCAGAUGUGGUUAUUUGUUUAAUGAGCUUAUGUUCCAAUGAAUUGUCUGAAUAUGUUGGCUUUUUCAUACUCUAGUUGUGUUCAAAACCAUCAAAUAUUUGCUGUGUGGCUAUAGUGUGGUCGAUAGCUUCACAUGAUAAAAUCAUGUCACAACCAUUAUAAUCCAAAAAACGUUUCUUUUCUUUCUAAUGGUGUGCUUCAUUAAUUGAUGCCACCAUGGAAAAUGUAAGGAAAUAUCCAAGGAGUGGCCAAAUUUAUGUAAACGUUGUUCCCGAUUAAAAAUAUGGAUCUAUAGACACCAAAACCACCAGCUCGGUGUCAAUUACCGGUACCUAAACCUGAGGUUCUGGUUUGGUGUCUUGAUCGAGGCGAUGAUGUAUUCACCCCUCGUUUGAAAUAUAUCUAAGUUGGUCAAUCAUUGCCUGGUGUUUGGGCGGGAUAAAACAUGAACAUGUACUUGCAUUGAAUUCCCCAGUUGCAUGCCACUUUCACAUUGAAAAAGUGAUCGUUUCUGACUGUUUGAUAUACAAGUCAUAUUAUCAACAAGCUUGGUAAUGAUGAUGAAAGUGUUUAUUUUGAUAUUAGAGUAUUUAACAAUUUAUAUUGUUGCAGAUGAAAUGUUAAGGGCAGAUAUUUUCUCUUAAUGCAAGAGGCCUGGUGGUGAGUAGCCAGCGAAAGGGAAAUGUAUCUUAGAAGCUUUGCCAGUUGCUUGAAUCAAUAUUAUUAGUGUGAUCAAAAUGAAUAAAUGGUAUUUGUUAUUUUUACCAAAAAAUGAGUUAGGCCUACUACGCUGCAGGUUGGGACAUCUCAGUUUCUCAAACAAAGUCAAGGUAAAGAUGACUUCAAAGCACCUUUGUGCAUGAGACCCUAAAUCUGUUAGAAUCUUAAACUUUUAUUCCUGAGAGCUCUUUUCACUUAAAUGUUGCAACACUAUCACGCUGUUGAUAGUUGGUUUGUCGGUUCGCGUCACCUGCUCGUGCCUAUAUAGGUCACCUUCACCUACUUGUUGUGAAUCUAUGUGACUCUCAUUCUUAUCAACUGAGAUUAUUUUUGACUGAUUCUGUCUGGUAAUGUGCGCGUAUUUGCAAACAUGGAAUCUGGAAUGAUUGGAAAAAACUGAUCUUUUAACUUAUUAAAGCAAUAUGUACAUUUUAAUUUGAACAGCUUCCCUAAUGAAUAUUGUAUAAUUUUCAGUUUGAUAACCACUUUUAAUAAUAAUCAAGAAAUUCAUCUAAUAAAAUGCACUGUCUGUCAAAUUAGUUGUUCCAUCUGGUGGAGCUUCUUUGAUUUUCACCAACUGAACUGGCAGUCGGGUGUGUCAGUAUCAAAAUUGUAUGUUUCACACAUUUCCCAUCCUCUUCAGAAGGAGUAGAUUGAUACACUGAAAAUGGUCCAUGGGAUGGUGAUAAUUAUUUGGCAGACGUGAUUUCAUUGUAAACAUACGUGUAUCUGGUCGAUCAUAUUGCAUCACUUUACUGAUGAUCAGAGUCUUCCUUCAGAAGUUUAUGAUGUCUAUCAACAUCGACACUAUUAACAGCAAUCCUUAAGGGUAUCAUUUCAGGGGCAUAAUUAACAUAUCACAACUCCACUUUGAAGGGGUUAAAGUGAGUUCCUGACUGGUACUAAUAUUUACCUGUAUAUGUGCUUAGGGUGUUCCUCUAUAGAGGGCAAUUUGGGUUCACAUCAGAAAAUGUUAGUACACGUAUUUACUUCCACUUGACAAUGUAGGCUGGACCGUACAAGACCACCGGCCUUGUUGUUCAUGUACCUACUCCAUUGUUCAUUUUCCUACCAUCUCCUCUCCAAGCUUCUUUUAAAAUGAGAUUUAUUUUCAAAAUGUUUGUUUGUAACUUAUCCUUUUCAAAAAUAAGUAUCUGCAAUGCGUUCUUAAA